CACUUCCCUUCCCUUGCACUCGAAGGGAAGUGAUAAAAACAUCAGCCGAUUCUGUGAGCGGGAGUUGGAACCACAGGUCGAUGGAGGAACUGGACCCCGCAUCAGCAUUUGACAAAGAUCCAUUCGAGCUCACGGCUGAAAAUGUCUAUGAUAUCUCUUACAUCAUUGGCCGUGAUUUAAUCCAAUUUAGCAGCUCAGAAGGCUGUAACAGAGUCUCCGAGUUGCAAUACAAGAUAAUCAGAGUCCUGGAAAUGCUGGAAUGUCUCGUGAACAAACACAACUUAACAGUGGAAACACUAAAAAUUGAACGAGACAAUCUAAGAACCGAGACGGAAAGACUAAGCAGAGAACUUCAACAGGCAGUAAGCAAUUCAAAGCAAAAUAUUGGGCCGGGCAAACUUGUGGUAGACAUCGAUGAUCCAGAUCGCCCUCGUUUCACACUACAGGAACUGCGAGAUGUAUUACAUGAACGGAAUAAACUGAAGGCACAGCUGCACGUUGCACAAGAAGAACUUGAGUGUUAUAAGAACGGAAUAAUCGGCACAAAAGAAUCUCAACCUGUAAAAAUAAGUGAGUCAGGUCCGAGUGCUGGUAGUGAACAAACCAUGAUUAAAAAGCUUUUUUCUCUUAGACAUAAAAAAACUCCUUAAACAUCACGUAGACUCGGAUGUUCGAAAGAUUUGAUGAGCAUUUAUAGAAGGGAAUUCUUUAACAGAAUUUCAGUACUUUGAAACAGCUGUAUAGUGUUAUGAAAGAAUUUUCAAUGUUUACUUUUUUUUACACAAUUGAUUUUGCAGCCUGUAAAAUAACAAUGCAUUUUUAAAAAAUUAUAGCAAUAAUAAAAGGAUAGCAAAAAGAAAUUUGAAGAUUUAAUUUUUAAAUAACUACUUCUAAUUAAAUAAAAUCUCCAAUAAACCAUAGUAAUUCUGGAAAAUCUUCCCAUAAACUACACAAAAGUUAUUAACACAGCAAAUAUUUCUCUCAGCCCAACCAAUCUUUCUGGUAUUUGUCAAUGAGAAUUUUAGAAUAAAAAAUCUAUGAUGCAACCAUAUUUAUUAUAUGGGACAUUAAAUUAAUGCAUCUUCCAGCAUGUUCUUAUCAAUGAAGCAAUUGUAGAGAUAUGGUUUACUACAAACAGCAGUUUGAGACUUCUUCCUCCCUGCAAUUCUGAGGAACAAGCAAAGCACCCUGAAUUAAUAUAUAUAAAAAACGUUUGGAAAGUUUUUUUUAUUUUACUUAAUGUUGCGUGGAGUUGUCUGUAGCUGGUGUGAAGCCAAAACAAUGUGCAGCUACUUCCUGCCAGUGGGCAUACACCACUUGCCUUUUAUCUCCUUUGACAAUUUCAUGUCCUGAUUAUGCCAGUGUCACCGUAAAACUCAAAUAACUAGUGAUCCAUGCAAACUAUGCAAAAUGAUUAGUCCACAGCAGUGAACAUGUGUCAAGGACCGGCACUUAAUUUCCUAUGCAAUACAUUUACAGAGCAUUCCUCCUGCUAAGAAAUGAAAUCUACACAAAGUACUUUAGUAACAUGGAUGAUAACGUAAGUACAUUAUCAUUUGAAUAUUGAUUAACUGAGUUGUUUCUUUGAUAAACCAUUGAGUUUUGACAGUUAAUGAAAAUAAAAAAAAAACUGAU